UUUCUUUCUUCUUCACAAAAACUCAAGAAGAAGAAGAAGAAGAAGAAGAGUCCUCUCUUUUUGUGUCCAAAAAAUCAUUCUUGAUAAGAUUUUAUAAAUAAUUUGAUGGCUACAAUGAACAGUGGAAACAAUAGCAACACACCUGCAACUGCAACUCAAGUCAUGCCUACACCUAAACAAACACUACCUACUGCUAAGACUGUUGAUACUCAGUCUGUUCUUAAAAGGUUGCAAUCUGAAUUGAUGGCUUUAAUGAUGAGCGGUGACUCUGGAAUAUCUGCAUUUCCUGAAGAAGACAACAUAUUCUGCUGGAAAGGGACAAUAAGUGGUAGCAAAGAUACAGUAUUUGAAGGAACAGAAUACAAGCUCUCUCUUUCAUUUCCUUCUGAUUACCCCUUUAAACCACCAAAGGUCAAAUUUGAGACUGGUUGCUUUCAUCCCAAUGUUGAUGUUUAUGGCAACAUAUGCUUAGACAUUCUUCAGGAUAAGUGGUCAUCUGCUUAUGAUGUGAGGACUAUACUUAUCUCAAUUCAGAGUUUGCUUGGAGAGCCAAACAUAAGCUCACCUCUAAACACUCAAGCUGCUGCUCUUUGGUGCAACCAAGAAGAAUACAGAAAGAUGGUUGAGAAGCUAUACAAGCCUAGUGUGUAGUAGUAGCUAGGUGCUAGUGCAGAAUUGUUAUUCUUUUUUCAUAUGGAUGGAACAAAUGUAGUUUGAAUUCUUUUAGUUGCUAUUUCCUGUUCAUUUUGAAGAAUCUUCUCUCUUCAUGUGUGAAGGAGGAAAAGGGGGUUGUGUACUCUGACCAAAAUAUGAGAAUAUAGAGCACCAUUUCUAUUUUUUCAAUCUCUUGCGUCUUAAAUUCCUUGGUGUUAUCUAAAAUAUCAAAAUGCUGAAACUAGGCCAAUAUGAGGGAGGGUUUUCGUACUGUUUAUCUUGAAAGGGAAAGGAGAAGAAAGACGGUUAUGAAGUUCUAUUUUGGGAGAAACAUCCUUUCAUUUGCCAAAA